GUGACUGACUUUGUAAAUAGAAUAAAAAAAACAAGCUUUCCAUAGUGCUAUAAAAUAUUGGACAAUUAACACAGAGACUUUGUGUUGUAUAGUGAUAAUUCUUGUGCCUUAUUAAUUUAUUUUAGGUCAAUAAAUAAAACAAUUAUAGGAAUUGUUUACACAUACUCAUUUUAUCAUAAUGGAGGGUAUUUAUAAAAUUACUUUAAUACCUAAUGAUCUGAGUGUAGAGGAGACAAUACUGCAGAUUGCUGACACUUUAGACAAUCUUAAUGGAAUAAUCGACGAUGUAUUCACUCGUAUCAACAGUAGGAUUAACCAAAACAUAAACAAAACGCAAAACUUGAAAGACAGGAUUGAUAUUGCAAGAAUGAAAGUUGAAGACAUAACUGGAGUGCAAAAAGCUAUAAAAGUUUUCUCUAGUGCUAAGUAUCCUGCAUCUAUAGUACAUGAUAAUUAUAAAUCCAUCUUUGAUUGUAAAUCAUAUAAAUUAGAGCCUAAAAAGGUAUCUUUCAGAGGGAAAUCUCAGAGACAAUACAAUGAUAAGGGAAUUCAGGAAAAGUUACACUUCUUUCAUGUUAAAGUUGCUGAAGUGAAAGCGACAACAUGCAAACCAGAUUAUGAUUUAAAAGAGGUUAUUGGUAAUGUUUCAACCGUUGGUGACCUGUUGCUCUUCAAUACUGAAGAAAGCCCUUACAUUGGGUUGCCAAACAAAAGACCAACUUAUACACCCAGAGUUACUAACGUCGCAAAGACAGUGCUUGACGACCCACCACCUUCUAUACUGAGACAAAAUGUGUUAAAACGAGAAAUUGACGAAUAUAUGUACGCGCCAGGCAUGGGAAUGGUACCAGAACUGGAUAUGCCUCUUGACCUGCCACACCUACCCGGAAUCGCUGGCGACGUUCAGUUCUCCUUCUUCGACGACGGCUCCAUAGCUCCUUCCGCCGUCACCUCCCCAGUGGCGGCAAAAGCAUUGCCUGAAGCCGAUCUACCCGAUAUUUCCGAGUUGCCCGACAUAAAGCCAGACAAAGAUAUCUUGGAGACAAGAGAGGUGAUUGUUCCUGAUGUGGCCGAUGUUGCUCCAGUGCCACAAGUUCCGGAAGUGCCGAAGUUGAUGUCCAUGCAAGUGCCGCCACCACCGCCGCCGCCGCCUCCUCCUCCCCCGAUGGACAUCACAGCAGAUGAUACCUGGAAGGAACCACCUUCGGUCCCGCCGUCAUCAUCAGGUGACGCUCACGCUAGCCUCAUGGCCGCCAUACGGCAAGCGGGUGGCGCGGGAAGAGCCAGGUUGAGGUCUGCGGCAGAAGUAACUCCAGCUACAGCCACCAAGACGAUCGGGGGUGACUUAAUGGCGGAUCUCCACGCGAAGCUGUCCAUGCGUCGCCGGGGAAUCUCCGGUGCUGAAAAGUCAGGAGGCACCCUUCUCCACGCCCUAGCCAGCGCAAUACCUGAACCGACCGAGCAGUCAUCACCGCAGCAGUCUUCUAGCGGCGAGGAUUGGGAAUGAACAGUAUUAUUCUAAAAUUAACGUGCAGUAAAAUUGCGUUAAAUUGAAACAUGCAUUUUCGGUGGUAUACUUCCUAUCAACAGAAGGAAAGUACGCAAAAGUCAUCAAUACGUACUUAAAAGGUGAAUGACAAAAAAUUAUACCUGCAUUGUGUGACCUUAAUCUUACUUUAUUCAUUUGUCACCAAUUUUGUAAAAUAUCGCCAAAAUUUGAAAAACAUCCGGACGUGGACUUAUCGCUGUUAAUAAUUCUGUGGGCGGCUCCAUUGCACAGGAUGCCGACUAGAUUAUGGGUACCACAUCGGUGCCUAUUUCUGCCGUGAACCAGUAAUGUGGCGCCGUAGCUAGUGAAAUUAUUUCGCAAAUGAGACUUAACAUCUUAAGGUGACGAGCGAAUUGUAGUGCCGCUCAGAAUUUUCGGGUUUUUUUUUAAUAAUCCUGACCGGCACUGCAUUCUAAUGGGCAUGGCAUAUCAAUUACCAUCAGCUGAACGUCCUGCUCGUCUCGUAAGUCCUGAAAAAUCGAUUAUUGACGGUAAUAUAACAUAUUUAUUAUAAAAACCGUUUAAAGAGAUUUGAUGUUAAUCCUUGAAAUUAUUAAUGUUCUGCGUACCAGCUGCGAGCUGUAGGAUUGCCGCCCAAAAGGGCGAUUCAUGUUGAGAACAAGUUUAAAUACAUUUACUACACGCGAUUUAAUCAUUUUAGAAAGUAGAGAUACCAAGUUGAAACAAUCCGUUAAUUACAUUGAAGAGUAAUUAAUGAUUUUUAUCAAAUAACUUUCCAAAAUUAUUUUUAAACGUUAAUUAAAUUUGAAUUGAAAUAAACAGAAAUCAGGUGUUUUAUCGGUUGGGGUAUUCAUAUAUCAAGUGGUAAGCGCCCACGCGUCAUUCGGAUAGCCCAUAAAAAUAAUCAAAACUGGCCCAACGCAGUAUAAUCCGACAUUCAAGUGAAUAUAUUAAUGUGUUAUACCCAGAAGUGGAUGGUGUAACGGAUCGCUCGAGCGACCAGUCGGGGCGGUUUUGGUGUUAAUGGUCCGGGCUUCUGGCUAGCAGACUGCAGUUCGAUUCUCCGGACGAUACGAUCCUAUUAAAUUAUUAUAAUCUUCCAACGGCCGCUUUCUAUAUUCAAUCUAAAUUGGCGAUAUUAAUCCAUCUAUGCCGGGACAAAUUGGAACUUGUAUGAUUUAAAAGCAUUUUUUUUAGAUAAUAUUUAUUUGUUAAUUAAGAUUUAAAUACUAUUUAGAUUCAGGAUCGAUUGUCUCAAAACAUGAAUUCAAAAUUUUAUCGAAAUCGGCCCAGACUUGAGUGAACAUGACAAUAAAAUAUAUUUCCGAUCUUGUUAUUUCGACUAUUUUUUACAACGAACUCUAAUAUCAACACUUAACGAAACACUCAAAGUGCACGUUUGGUUCUAAAUUAGUAAAACUGUCCGCGAGUUAAAUUAAAAUUAAAUUUUAAUAAUUUUUAAUGUUCUUAAUAACACCGUAACGGCGCCUAUUUCUGCCGUGAAGCAGGAAUGUGUAAGCAUUACUGUUUUUCGGUCUGAAGGGCGCCGUAGCUAGUUAAAUUACUGGGCAAACGAGACGUAACAUCUUAUUAUCAUUAUGUCUCAAGGUGACGAGCGCAGUAAUUGUAGUGCCGUUUAGAAUUUUGCAUUGUAAUGGGAAGGACGUAUCAAUUAACAUCAGCUGAACGUCCUGCUCGUCUCGUUCCUUAUUUACAUAAAAAAACGUUACCAGCGCUAUCGGUCAUGGAGAGUUGUAAGGUUCCGGGAGGUUAUUAAGAUAAUCGAUUUCUCACUAGCUAGCAAAGCCCAUCGUGUUUGGCAGCGGGACUCGGCUCGCUUUCGUUUCGUGGAAGGCGCCGCGAUGUAAACAACGUACUAUCAACAGGUUCGGGUGAUUAGCAUUUCCAGAAUCGAGCGGAGGGAAAAAACGCCGAGUUAAUCUCGUAGUGAUAACGAGUAAAUUGACGGCGUCUUACUGUUUCUAUAAUAUGUGUCGUGGGAUUAUUACGAUGUUAGUAAUAAUAUAAUAAUAAUAAAUUAUUUAUUUCGAAAAACAAAUGAUCAUAAUGUGUUAGUAACAAAGUAACUUAAAACCUAGUCUUAGUGAAAGAUAUCUUAAAAUCUAAACCUUCCUAACUUAGGACAGGACCGACUUGUCAGCGACGACUUGUCGACAUGUAUCACACUGCAGUGGUUCAGGUACUGACAAUCGAACCUGUGAGAAAAUGCCCUCAGAAUACCAUUGGGGCUAGCCCUGACCAUAGUCGAGUAAAAACAAUCUACUAAUCUAAAGUAAUUAUAGAAAGCAGCUUGUACUCAACUUACUUUAUCAAAUCAAAUCAAAAUCACUUUAUUCAUGUAGGUCACGGAAAUGACACUUAUGAAUGUCAAAAAAAAUAUUUUAUCUUAUUGAAUCUACCGCUACUUCAUAAAGGGUUGAGCUAGUGAGAAGAAGUAGCAAGAAACUCAUUGCCACGCUUUUAAAUCUACGUAAACGUAAUCAUAAAAAAACUUAAAACUUAAGCAAAUAAUUGAAAUUUUCAAACAAACAAUAUAGCUUUUAAAACAAAAUUUUAAUCACCUUACGUAGGCGCUACUCACCUGCUAGGUCUGACUAUGCCGCGGCGUGGGACAAGUAGGUGUCAGUGCCUACGUUAGCGCGGCUACUAGAUUACUUACAUGUUGUACCCAAGUAAUAUUUGGAAAAUUGAUUUAUUUAGGUGCAUUAUGUAGUUUUUAUGAUUACGGCUAUGUAGUUUUACUCGUGCGUUCAGUUAAUGUCGCCAUUGUUGCUCCACUCUGUAUAGCCGAUAUACUUAUCCGUAAAUCGUUGAAAUUAAUAAUAUAUAACAUUUAAGUUUAUAUAAUAAAUUAUACUUCUAGACUCUAGAUAGUCUCUAGCUGUCAGGCAACGCAUGAAAACAGGCCGGUUAACAGCUCGCUGCUAUUAUAUUUUAUCUCUAUUCGCCAAAAGAAGUACUAAUAACUUCAAAACUUAAAAGUAUUAUGUGAACUGUGGUUGCUUCACACUACACACAAAUAAAAUUCUCAUGUUUGAUGCUCAGGUAAUAAAUUAGUUUUACAAAAUAAAACAAUCAUUAAACUUACCGUCGCCCACUAAAACAGAUUUCACUUUAAACACAUGAGGUAGGUAUUAUCUCUAAGAUAUCAACAUCUUUCAAAGGAACAAAUAUGAAAGGAAAUUUAAAGAUUACAUAAUUUUUUUUUCAUAUCGAAAGAGUGAGUUAAAAUAAGGUGCUAAUGGUGUUGUUAUUUCAUAUAUUAAAUGAGGAGAAUUUAAAUAUUGGACUGUAAUAAAAUUUUAAUUGAGAGCUUCGUAGAUAUAUAUUAUUGGUGCGUAAAUAUUAAUCGAAUUGUUUUUAUAUAAAUACUAGCUGACCCAGCAAACGUUGUAUUGCCGAUAUUAACAUCGCGAUACAAAAGUAACUGUUGAUCGUAGAUGGGUGAAAAGUUGAAGUUGUAUGUAUUUUUAAUGCUGACUCAUAAUCAAACAAAUUUUAAAAAAAAAAUGUCAAAAAAAAUUUCGUGUGGACAACCCUUAACAUUUAGGGGGAUGAAAA